AUGGAUAUGAAUCAAACUCGGCUCGGGAAUCAUGUAUGGGAAGUUGAAAUAGGGAAUAUCAAAGAUCAAAUCCUGCCUGACACAAUUUCCGGAUUCAAUUCUCUACUUCCAAGCUAUAACUUCGAUCUUCAAACGCCGCAAAUCACUUUCUCAUCAGCCUUAAACCACCCCUUUCCAUCUUCCAACUUUUUUAUUGAACAAAUACAACACCAACAGGAAGUAGAGGAAGAAGAAGAGCCGGAAGAGGAGCUCGGUGCUAUGAAAGAGAUGAUGUACAGGAUCGCGGCAAUGCAGCAAGUGGACAUCGAUCCAUCCACCAUUCAGAAGCCAAAAAGGCGAAACAUUCGCAUCAGCAACGACCCCCAGAGCGUGGCGGCGCGUCACCGACGGGAAAGAAUCAGCGAAAAGAUGAGAAUUUUGCAAAGGCUUGUCCCGGGAGGCACAAAAAUGGACACGGCGUCCAUGCUGGACGAGGCCAUCAGCUAUGUCAAAUUCCUGAAAAGGCAAAUUCAGUUACUGCAAUCGAAUAAUAAUCAACAAAACAUAUCAACACAGACGCCACGCCUUGUGGACAGGCAACUUUCGCACCCAAAGACGACUACGAGUAACCCUCUUGCUUCAUCAACCACCACAAUCUCACACCAUCAGCAGCAGCUGGGUCCUAAAGUUACAAGCCAGGAUGGAAAAUUAGUAAGCUCAGUCAGUGGAAAAACAAUUGAUUAA